CUCUCUCUUUCUUUCUUUCUUUGUUUCUCUCUCCUCUCACACACACAAACACCAAAAGCACAUACUAGUUCUCUCUUCUUCGAUACUGGCUCAAGGUAUUCCCGCCUCUCGACACAACAAUUCCUAAACCCUAGCUUUCUCUCUCUGUCUCUAUCUCUUUCUCCUUCAAUUUUUUUUUUUCAAUAAUCCUUGUUACUUCUGGAAAAAGAUUGGGUCUUUUAAAGGUUUGAAUACAUGUCCGUCAAUCAAUCGAAGGGUGACAAGAACGAGCCGCAGCAGUACAGAAGAGUAGGUCGAUCCGGUAACUCAUCCUUGCCAAGGAACUACUCCGGUGGUGGUGGGAAGGGCGGCGGCGGCGGCGGAGGAGGAAGUAACACCGCCCCACCAUCCUCCUCCUCUUAUUCUUCGCAGAGAAGCUUUAAGAAGACGAAUAAUCAUGCUCAAGGAGUACAACCUAGGGUAAACACCCCGAUUACAAAUUCAAAUUUGGAUUUGUCGAAUUCUUCUACUCCCGGUGGCGCUAGUGUAACCAAUGGCGCACAUUUACAACCGCCGGCACGAGGUGCAACUGGUGCUCCAUCUACAGGAGCUACUCCAAAGCCAUCUGAAACACCAAUUCAGAAGAACACCCCAGGCCUCCCAAAGGCUCCUCCACAGGGUAACACAGCUGUUCCCAGUUCUGAUGUUACUGGACCUUCAACUCCAACAAAAGGGCCUGCAGAUGCUUCUAGGGCAUUUCAACUUCAAUUUGGAUCAAUCAGUCCUGGUAUCAUGAAUGUAAUGCAGAUACCUGCUCGAACUAGCUCUGCCCCACCAAAUUUUGAUGAACAGAAACAAGCUCAAGCUCGUGUUGAUUCCUUAAAAGCUAAUAAACUUCCAACUCCAUCAAUCCCAAAACAAAGAAAAGAUGAUGUUUCUGUUUCUGUUUCUGUUGUUCAAGGUAAUGCCCCUGAGAUUCAUCAUUCUAUUCCAAAACCUAAAAAAGAUAACCAAACUUUAUCUACCCAUUCUACCCCUCAAAAGCUAUCUGGGCCACCAAUCCCUGGUGUUUCAAUGCAAAUGCCAUUUCACCAUUCCCCAAUACACGUCCCUUACCCUACUCCAAAUCCCCAAAUGCAAUCACAAGGAAUGCCAAAUAUCCCCCUCCCAAUGCCCUUACCAAUGGGGAAUCCACCACAACAAGUAUUCGUGACACAUCAUCCAAUGCAGCCACAAGGGAUCAUCCAUCAAGGUCAAGGUAUCAACUUUUCUUCUCCACAGAUGCCACCUCAGCUUGCCAACAUGGCAAUUGGUGUUGGACAACAUUACCAGUCACCACCACCACCACCCACCGGAAAACUGGGUGGUCACCGGAAAACCGUGAAAAUCACUCACCCUGACACUCAUGAAGAGCUUAGACUUGAUAAAGGGUCAACAACCCCUAGGCCCCACCUCCCUCAUGGGUCCCAGCCUCUUCCUUCUUUUCCACCUGGACACCCCAUGAAUUUCUAUUCUAACUCUUUUAACCCUAACCCUAUUUUCUUCCAACCACCUAAUAAUUCACAAACACAAACAAAUAGUGGAUCUCAGCCACCUAGGUUUUAUAAUCAGGUGACAGUGAAACCAGCUGCUAAUGUUGUAGUACAUGAAAAGGUUAGUGUUAGUGAGUCAUCUUUGUUAGGUAGUGUCCCUGUUAAUGACAAAAAUGACAAAAAUGACCUCCCCAAAAGAAGUGAAAGAACACAUGUGGAACCUGAAGUUAAACUAUCUAAUGCCACUUUUGGCUCUUCCCAAUCUGAGAAUUCAACAAAUUCGGUUUCUUCUGUUGAGGAUUUGGCCCCACUUGUUAAAGAUGAACAGAUAAAGCCAGAAAAGAAGAUAGGUGAACAGUUGGAUACUCUUUCAAGCUCUUCUUCAGAAGCCUUAAAGUCAACUCCUGUAAUUGAAGUCAACGAGGAGGUUUCAGAAACCACCAAUAAAGUGGUGGCUGUGGAUGUUGCCGCCAAUGCUACUGGCGGGUUUUUAGGUGGUAGUGGUGAAGAAGGGGUAAAAUCCAGUGAGACAAAUCUUGAAAUUUCCCUUGAAAAUCAAGAACCAAAGGUGGAAUCUUUGGAGUCAAAAGAACAAGAAAAAGAUUCGAUUUUUCCCACCAAUGAGCCUGAGGACACUAAAAUCAAUGAUGAUCAAAUCUUGAAAUCAGAUAUUCAAGUUGAUAUUUCCGUUUCUACCCCUGAAGAGGAUAUGGGGAAGAGUGGAAACUCAGUGCCUUCAAUGGCUCCAUCUUUACCCGAUUCCACAAAGACCAAGGGCAAUACGGGUAUUACAAAUACAAACACUAACACAUCUAAAUCAAAAAAGAAAAGAAGGGAUAUUUUGAAAUUUGCAGAUGCUCAAGGGACAACUUCUGAUCUUUACAUGGCAUACAAAGGUCCAGAAGAAAAGAAAGAAACCCCAUGUUUUGAAACCCUAGAAGCCUCUUCAACACCUCAAAAUCAAGAUAUUGAUGAAAAAGAAAAACAUGUCAACAAAUUCGAACCUGAUGAUUGGGAAGAUGCUGCGGACAUUUCUACCCCUAAGCUUGAAACAAUUGAAAAUGAAGGAUUAUCCAAAAAGUAUUCAAGAGAUUUCUUACUAAAAUUCUCUGAACAAUGUAAUGAACUCCCUCUAGGGUUUGAACUCACACCCGAUAUAGCCGAAGCGGUGAUGUCAAAUCUUGCUGCCCGAGAACCUCGGGCAGCUGCCCGGACGCUUGACCGCCGCCCGAGUAAUGUCGGGCAUGAUGACCGGUGGAAUAAACAAGGGCAAAUGGGGAUGAACUUCACCGGAAAUGUCCCGGGAUUUAGGCCGGUUCAUGGCGGUGUUUUGAGAAACCCGCGGGCUCAACCGGUGUUUUCCGGCGGGAUCUUGGCGGGCCCGUUGCAGUCGCCAGGUGUCAUGCAAAGGAACAACUCAGAUUCGGACAGGUGGCAGCGUGUGAGUGGGAAUCAAAGAGGGUUAAUCCCGUCUCCAAACACUCCAAUGCAAGUGAUGCAUAAAGCUGAGAGAAAAUACGAAGUGGGAAAAGUAACAGAUGAAGAACAAGCAAAACAAAGACAAUUAAAGGGAAUUUUGAACAAAUUAACACCUCAAAACUUCGAGAAGCUUUUUGAACAAGUCAAACAAGUCAACAUUGAUAAUGCGAACACUUUAUCCGGUGUAAUUAAUCAGAUUUUUGAUAAAGCAUUAAUGGAGCCCACUUUUUGCGAAAUGUACGCUAACUUUUGUUCAAGGCUUUCUGUCGAAUUACCGGAUUUUAGUGAAGAUAAUGAGAAAAUCACUUUUAAAAGAUUACUUUUGAAUAAAUGUCAAGAGGAAUUUGAACGAGGUGAACGUGAAGAACAAGAGGCGAAUAGAACUGAAGAAGAAGGUGAAGUGAAACAAACUGAAGAGGAGAGAGAAGAGAAGAGAGUGAAAGCGAGAAGACGGAUGUUGGGGAAUAUAAGAUUAAUCGGUGAAUUAUAUAAAAAAAAAAUGUUGACUGAAAGAAUAAUGCACGAAUGUAUAAAGAAGCUAUUAGGUCAAUACCAAAGUCAAAAUCAGAAUCCCGAUGAAGAAGAUAUCGAAUCAUUAUGCAAAUUAAUGAGCACAAUUGGAGUAAUGAUAGAUCAUCCACGUGCUAAAGAACACAUCGACGUGUAUUUUGACACAAUGUUGAGAUUAUCAAACAACAUGAAACUUUCUUCACGUGUCAGAUUCAUGUUAAAAGACGUAAUUGAUUUAAGAAAAAACAAAUGGCAACAAAGAAGAAAAAUCGAAGGCCCAAAAAAAAUCGAUGAAGUACACCGAGACGCAGCCCAAGAACGACACGUCCAGUCGACCCGUUUGGCCCGCGGGCCGAGUUUCAACUCUUCCACCCGCCGGGUCGGACCCGGUCCGGGUCAGAAUCCGGGUCAACACCCGGGUCAAGGCCAUUUGUUACCAUCUCCGAAUUCGGGUUUUCGCGGGAUGGGUCCGGGUCGCGGGUAUAACCAAGAUGCGAGAUUUGAUUUUGAAAACCGGACUUUGUCGAUUCCGUUGAGACCGAUGAGUGAAAAUGACGGAAUUACCCUUGGCCCACAAGGUGGGUUAGCUAGAGGGAUGUCGGUUAGGGGUCACCCUAACCACCACCACCAACCCGAACCGAGUCCAAGUCUGAGUCCGCGGGUCCCGGUUGGUCCGAACGGGUCGAGUCAACCGGGUUAUGACUCGCCUUCGGCUCGAGUGUGGGUCCCGGCUCCGGUUCAAGAUAAGAUGUGGCCGGAAGAACGGUUACGUGAUAUGUCAAUGGAGGCGAUUAAAGAGUUUUAUAGUGCGAGAGAUGAGAAGGAAGUGGCAAUGUGUAUUAAGGAAUUGAAUGCACCGAGUUUUUACCCAUCGAUGAUAUCGAUUUGGGUGAAUGAUUCUUUCGAGAGGAAAGAAGUGGAUCGGGAUUCACUUGCUAAGCUUCUUGUGAAUCUUGGAAAAUCUCAAGAUGGAAUACUAAAUCAAGACUCACUUGUUCGAGGAUUGGAAUCGGUUCUUGGAGCAUUAGAAGACUCGGUGAAUGAUGCACCGAAAGCAGCGGAAUAUCUUGGGAGGAUAAUCGGGAGAUUGGUGAUGGGAAAUGUGGUCCCGUAUAAGGAGGUGUGGCGGCUGAUAUACGAAGGGGGGGAGGAGCCAGGGCGGCUGGUGGAGGUGGGACUGGCGGCGGAGGUGGUGGGGGUGAUUUUGGAGAUGAUUGAAUUGGAAAAAGGGAAUCAGUUUUUGAAUGGGAUCCGGAAAGAGUCUAAUCUUCGUGUGGAGGAGUUUCGGCCUUCAAAUAGUAAAAAAGCGUUGAGAUUAGAUAAGUUUGUUUAGAGGGAGUGAUAUUGAUGCUUGUUGAAUCUUUGGUUAGAAAAAACAAAAAUGGAAGUGGUUUAGUGUCGAGGGUUGGAUAGGAAGAAUUAUAUAUGUUUUGGGGGGUUUUCUGAUCCUUUUUUUUUAUUAUUAUUCUAUAUUUGUUAACUUGAGAAAGAUUAUUAUCU